GAAAACAAUAUGGAGCCGAUGAUCACAACACGCACUGUAAAUUCGGAAAUAUAUACAACAAGCAAGUGUUCAAAACCCAAUCCUUUUACAACUCAAUACAACAUUACAUAGCAAAUUACAACAUACCAUUUACGGAGUCUCUGGGUACAUUGAUAAUACUACCUGAUACAGGGGAGUGUUGUAUUUUGAAUAACGAAUCGACAGACUCAUGAGGUAUUUCCUUUCUCAUUAAAACCAGGAAGUAUUUAUUCGGAAGGUUUGUUUCAAACGAGUUCCGAGUCGAUGUCCAUAGACGUCGGGAAAAAGCACGCAAUGGCUGGCAUUUUACACUACCCUGUAUCGGAUCACAACAAGAUACCUUCCGAUACAUCGAUUAAGUAUAAAGUAAAAGAAACCGAUGGGUUGUGUGGAAAAAAGUCAGAUAUUUGGAUCAAGACGGCUGCUGGAGAGUUAGUGGAAGCUGGAUUCAAGAUUAAGCAAAGUGAAUCCGGAUUUAGGAUCGUAGAACUGGAUUUCAAUAACUACAUGGUUUCCGAAUUACAUCUAACGGAAAAUGACAAACUCUUAGCCAUCAAUAACGUCGCUGUAAGCUGCAGGGAACAUCAUGAAGUUGUGGAGUUUCUCCAACAGAUGUUUGACCCAGAACGAAGUCGUCUGUCCAUUGUAAUUGAAAGAAAAGAAUGGACCGAUGCAGAUAAAGACACCGUUACGACCUUUGAAAUAGAGGUGGACUAUUUUAUAUCUCGGGGAGGUGUAGGAGGUGUUGGCUCAGCUGUUGCUUUGUUUACAAGAACCACAAUUUUGAGCAGAUUCUCUGGUUUUUCCGCUGUCUACUGUAUACAUCAUAAGGGGACUGAUGUAUGUCUGCUAGCCAUAGACACGCCGAUAUCCCAGCUUUAUCUAAAAUGUGGGACAGACGGAAAGCUGACCAUGAGUAAUCUCCCUUCCCGAACCGACACAUCAUUUCAUUUCAGAAAAAGUAUAUUUCAUGGUUUUCAAAAACAGCAUAGUGAAAACCAAAGUUGCUUCCUAUGUAUUCUUCAGCCGGUAGGAACGGAGAAGUACGUAUCUGUCAAAAACUGGUCGUCUGUUGACCUCUCGAAUUGCCCCGUUGGCUCGGAAGACAUAACAUCGAUGACGUCUUUACAAGAAGCUGAUCCUAGGUUUUUCCUCUUGAAAAUGAAGAACGUGAGGGAAAAGAAUGAAUAUGUGCUUGAAUCUGUCAUCUUAAAAGGAAUGUGCCUCACAUGGGAUAACAAAAAGAAGAAGAUGAAAUUGAGAGAUUCUACGGACUCAGCAUUUUAUUCAACUUUUCACAUUUAUUCUCUAUAAAGGACUCGUACAAUUAAUCAGUUUCUAUAAGUUACUUCUAAGCUUUUAACCAAAGAGCUUUAAUAGAAGAAGUUCAACACUUGGGACAGCUGUCUAGAUUCAUAGAUAAAAACGUAACAAAAAUGUAUUAUAAAAUAUAUUGUAACAUCACUUUUGUUACCGUUUAAAUUUUGAAGUCAUUCCUGUUGUCAUUUGUGUUAUGAAUAAUAUAUUACUGAUCAUUACU